AUGUUGUUGGCAUCCCAGAUGGGUGGCGAGGGGAUCGUUUAUCAACGUCUCGUUUUUCGGCCGUCGCGGAUAACGGCGACUGAGUCGGUUUUUGGUGCUCUUUUGUUUAACGCUCGCGGCAUCCGUACCGUGAUUGCACCGCAUCCUGCAGUUACGACGCUAGUGUACAUUGACAAGUACGGCCGACCCAUAUGCAACAGUACGGAGACAGAUGUAUCGUUUGUCAGUACUCGGGACAACAAGUUUUACUUGCAACGUGUUCUUGAGGGUGGUGAAGUCAUUCGCUGGCGUGCACCAGGACUGGAUCAUCUGAAAAAACGUUAG